AGCCAGUCAGUUGUUAGGCAAGCAGCAGCUCGUUUCGUUUGGUCGUUAGAUUUUUGUUUUAGGUUUUCGUUCUUCGCAUUUGUUUAUAUCAAGCGGCAAACGAAAAGUUGCUGCGCCAAGAAUUUCAACCUCGAAACGAGUAUUGUAAGAACAGCUGCAAAGGUGGAAUUAUAAUUAAAGCAACAACGAACAAAAUGGAUGCACUAAGUGACUUAUUGGAGCCCUAUAGCGAUGCUAUAGGCAAAGUAGCCGGUACAAUAACAACACUGCAGUUUCUAUCGGGAGCUGCACUCAUCAAUGAUAUACGUAAAAAAGGCUGCAGCGAUGUCUAUCCCGUGGGCCCAUUUCUGGGCGGUAUUGUGCUCUGCGUCCUGAGCAUUAAGCUGGGCAUGAUAAUGGGCGAUCAGACAAUGCUUAAAGUCAAUGUAAUUGGCUUUGCCAUUAGCUCCAUUUACAUGGUUGGCUUCUAUUAUUAUGCUUCCAGCGAGAAUAAGACAAAACUUUGGUCUAAAAUAGGCUAUGUGACUUUAUUUUUAUUGGCCUGCAUAGCCUAUGCGAACUUUGAAGACCCCGCACAAAUCGAAUUCCGUCUGGGCAUGCUCAUAACCAGCAUAUUGAUUUGGUUGGUUGGUUCUCCAUUGCUUGCAAUACCCAAGAUUAUUGAAAAGAAAUGCACCGAAGGCAUGCCGUUUCCUAUAAUAUUUGCGGGUCAACUUGUGUCCACAGCCUGGAUGCUAUAUGCCAUCUCCAUACGUAAUAAUGUUAUGGUGUUCCAGAAUUUGUUCCUGUGGAUAUUGGGCGCCGUACAGUUGAGUAUGUUUGCGCUUUAUCCCAAUACGCCUGCUCCCAAAUCGCCAGCAGCCAAGAAGGCUGGUAAGAAGGAUAGCAAAAAAGACAAAUAAGUCAAGUGAUAACUGAAGCGUACUGAAGAGAUUUUUAGAAUUUACUAUCAGUUCACUUCCAACAAGUUGUUAAAAUCUUAAGAUAAAAAAUAUUUUUGCUACAUUUUAAAACAAUUUGAGCUUCUAGAUAACAAAUAUAAACAGACAGAGUGAGCCUAAUCAAAGACAUUCGAGUUUAUAAUAGUUAGUAUAUCCACUAUAAACAAAUUUCAACGCUAAAUUUCGUCGGCACGCUUAAGUGCAAACUACUUUUUGUAUAUAAAAGAUAAUAAACUAUAUUACUUAUUGCUGUUAGCUAUUAAUUAACUAAUUAAUGUACAAAGCAUAAAUAACUACUUGCAAUUUUUGAC